AUGUCUUCUCCGUCCUCCGCCGACUGCCCCCUCAGCUCCCCGUCCCCGUUCCAGGUCGCCGCCCCGCGCCCGCGCGCACUCCACCCCCACGCGCACGCGCACAUGCCCACGGUGCUCCCUGCGAGCCUGUCGCGGCGUGGGAGCGGGGGCAGCAGCAGCGACGACGCGGACCAGGACGAGCUGCUGUACGACGCCGGGCCGGGCGGCGCACACGAGAGCGAGGUCGCCGUCCGCCGCGCGUCGCACAACGCCGUCGAGCGCGCCCGCCGCGACAAGCUCAACGCGCGCAUCCUCCAACUCUCCACGCUCCUCCCGAACCUCGCCGGCGUGCGCCGCCCGUCGCGCCUCGCCAUCACCAAGUCGUCCAUCGCGCAGAUCCACCUCGCGCGCCGCCACCGCGUGCUCGCCGCCCACGAGCUCCGCGCGCUGCAUGCCGAGAACGGCGCCCUCCGCGGCGAGCUCAACCGCUGGCGCGCGCGGGCCGGCGUGCCCCCGCUGGCCGAAACCGACCGCGGGGACGCGUUCGCCCUUGUGGCCGCCGGCGCGGAGGCGCCCGACGCGCGCGAGCCCGUCGAGACGCUCGACGAGGACGACUUCGACGAGCGCUUCGGCGGCACGGGCUUCGACUACGAGGCGCGCCGGCCCCGGUCUCAUGCGUACCACCCGUAUCCCCAGCCGCAGCCACAGGCGCAGGUGCAGGCGCAGGCGCAGCCCCCGUCGCGCUUCGCGUACGGCCCGGGCACGCCGAGCAUCUCCCCGCCGGUGUACCCGAGCCCGCCGUCCUCGUCCGAGUACCUCCCGUCCGCGUUCAAGAGCGAGUACGAGCACGUGGACGUCGGCGAUUGGGCUGCCGCCGACGGGUGGUGA